UCUCCGCAAAGCCUGUGGCAUCGCACAAGAAAAUAACUUCAGGAACCAAAGCUACUAGUUUCAAGCAUGUUACACAUUUGCCAUUCUAUAUCCAUGCAAUUCCGCCUGGCAACAGUUUAGCCAAAUGUGGUGAGCAGUUUUGGAAGACCGUUUUUCCUUCGGCUGGUUUGAACAUUUUCUCAUUUGGAAUGAUGUGGAUCAAUCACGACUCUGUUGGAUUUGUUUUCUUAUCUAGUUUAUGCAUCCAAUUCGGAUUCGCAUUUGAAGGGAGGUUUACUGAUCUUCCUUCAAAUUUAACGGUAAAAGAAGGCCAGAACAUUGAAAUGGCAUGCGCGUUCCAGAGUGGAACCGCGUCCGUGUACUUGGAGAUUCAGUGGUGGUUCAUCAAGGCGCCAGAAGAAGCAAGCAAUAGCGAAGAGGAGGAGGCGGACGAGGAGAUGGAAAUUAUACCAGAGCCAGAUCCAGAUGACGAGGGGACCAAAAUAAGUACUGUGAAGGUCCAGGGCAACGACAUCUCCCACAAGCUGCAGAUCUCCCGGGUGGGCAAGAGCGACGAGGGCCUGUACGAGUGCCGCGUGACCAACGCCAACUACGGAGAGCUGCUGGAGUACAAGGCCCAAGCCUACCUGAAGGUCAACGCCACGGCCCACCCUCGCAGGCCGCCGCCCAAGAAGACGUCUCCGCUGCACCUGACGGCCGACAAGAAGCCUCGCAAGCCCAGCGGGGCGUCGGGGGGACAGGACGGCAUGAACGCUGACCAGAGGCUGGGCGCCACGUCCAGCUCCCACACGGCAUCCUCCAAGACGGUCAAACACAACACAGGAUCAGGUACGAGAAUAACAACCGGUUACGGACUGGCAGUCCUGCUUCUGGCUCCUGUCUUAGUGUGGGACGCAUUAUUAUAGUUUCGAG